UGCAGUUCACUCAAGAGAAGGGGAGCUUUUCCAAGGCAUUGUCUGUGAGCAAAGUAACGCAGAAACGCUCGAAAUGGCGGAAGCCGAAGUCGUAGCUGAUGGUGUUGAUACCUCCGGCAAAACGGUUUUGUAUCUUGAUUUCAACUCGCUGGUUACAGCUGCUGGGCAAGGUAAUAUGCAGAAUGUUGUAAUUGUAAACAGCGCUUCUGCCAACACCAACAUGUCUAGCGUGCAUAGUGCUAACAUCACAAAAGUAUACGAUGUGCCCCUUGAUCAAAUAACGCGGCCUCUGCCUGUUGCGCACUACGACGAAGACAAGGUCAGAGGAAUCGCAGAACUACUUGAGAACCCAAACACGAAAGAUCAAGUGGCACCUGUGGACAUCCUCUGGAUCAAGGGCCGUGAUGGUGGCAACUACUACUACGCCUUCGGUGGCAACCACAGAUUCGAGGCACACUACAGGCUUGGCCUCGCAACCAUUCGGGCCAAGCUGAUUCCAUCAGUACCUGCAUCACUUUUGCCGUACCUCGGAGGGUCAACGCCAGAUCUCUAGUGAUUAUAGUGGUGCCCAUUGUUGGACAGUCUCAUGGUACAAUAGGCAUUUCAUUAGCUACUAACCUCGAAUAGUUCCUAAUUGACAUUGGUGACUCAGCCACUACUCCAUUUGUACAAGAGAGAGAGAGAGAAAUAAUUAAAGAAGUGUAGGGAGAUUAAAACCCUAUACGUGGGUUUUUAAAUAUUUUUUAUGCAGUUUAAUAUAUUUUAGUAUGUUUCUAUGGAGCGGAAGAAGACAUAAGCUCCGGAAAUCUAGGGUGCGUGGUCUUCUAGUACAUCAGCCUAGAAAGCCACACAAGCCCUUUUACAAUUCUUGAGAGCAACAUCACUGAGCGACUACCUGUGAAAGCCAGUGUCUUCAUGGUGUGCAAUGCCCAUCUCCUCUUCUCUCUUUCAUUUGUUCAAAGCUCACAUUGACAUAAUCUGUGUGUUCAGCAUCCAAUGAAUAAAAGAUUUAUAUAAAUGCAAAAA